AUGACUGUGCCCCUACAACCGUUCAAGAACAAGGUAGGAGGUCAUAGCGAGAUCUACAAGUUUACACGGAGAGCCGUAUGCAAGCCUCUGGUCUCACGGGAGAACCUCUUCUAUGAAGCUGUCGAACAGAUGGCUCCCGCUCUACUGAGCUAUAUACCCCGCUAUCUGGGCGUCAUGCUCGUCAACUAUCGGAAACCUCAACCCGCUCCCGUCGCCGCUGCGGUGCCGUCCGAGCCGACGGCAGUCGGACCCCAACGACAAGGCAUGAAACGGGCCGCAUCCUUUGCGGGAACAAACGGGACGGACACCAAACCGGCCGAAAGCAAGGAAGUUCCUGAGGUAGCUCUAAUGUACAACAAGCACGUCGUUCCGGACUGGCUAUUCCGUCGCGGUGGGCGAAUCUCGAAGCCUGACCUCGACCGAUACAAGACUUGGCAAGCCGCAGGAGCCGAAACGACCGAGGACGAGAUGAACGGAAACAGAGCAAAGAGGCGACUGUUUAGAACGCCUGCGCGCCCAGACGACUUUCCGGACGCGUUUUCGCCAGAUGCUCGUUCUGAUUUCUCGCAUGAUACGCAGACCGCUUUCACGCCUCCGCCUCCACCUGGAUCCCCAUUCACUCGACGCGCCGAGCUCAAUGCCUCGCCGUCCCCUUCCUUGUCGUCUACGCCUCCGCUGCAUCAUGCAACGUCCACGCCGAGCUUGCCGCAGUACCGCCGUCUAAGCAAUCAGUCGUCAUUGACGCCAAUCAACCAGGGUCAACACUGUCCCCUGUUUGGUGGAACCGGAUCGACCUCUGUCAACACCAAGCUCAAGGAUCAUGUCUUUGCGACCAUCUUGCGAAGGAUGCGAAAACAGGGUCGGGCGGCGUCUUAUGCCCUCAAUCGGAGACUGCAUCAGGGGCAGGAAGCGCCGACUGACCUGGAGGACGCAUAUGAUACCACCGACCAAGAAGACCAUGUACCGCCUCUGCAAUCUGAACGUCGGCACCGCGAGAUUUCGGGAACCCAGAGUCUUCGCGGUCGAGUGGAGCGCAACAUCGCGGGUAGUAUGGACAUGACCCCUAUCCACAAGACUGCAAAUGGCGAUGACGACGAUCACGAUGACGACGAACCGUCUGAGCCUCUACGACGAGUAAACAGCGAGGUGGUCAUGAGCGAAUUAAACAGGCUGGCGAUCACGACCCACGAAAUUCCCUCGCAAAAGUCCGGGUCCGCUCAACCGAAGCGGUCCGCUCGGGAAGAAAGUGUGGACCGAGGCAUGUUCUCGAUGGACGAUCAGGAAUCGGAUCACCAGGAGAUAGCACAGUGUAAUGACGAUGUGACACGCCAAGAGUACUUCAUCUUCAUGGAGGAUCUUACCGGCAGAUUAGCACACCCGUGCGUGCUCGACUUGAAGAUGGGAACCCGCCAGUAUGGGUGCGAUGCUACGCCUUUGAAAAAGAAGAGUCAGCGGAAAAAGUGCGACAACACGACUAGUCGGCCUUUGGGUACGCGGAUCUGCGGUAUGCAGGUCUGGGAUAACGUAAGCAACGCCUUUGUCUCGCAAAACAAGUACAAAGGUCGCGAGGUCAAGGAGGACGAGUUCACCGACGUCUUGGAAAGUUUCCUCUACGACGGCUCCCGUCUGUUGGCCGAGCACAUCCCGGGCCUCAUUCACAAGCUCCAUCGACUCGCGGCGAUCGUGUCGCGCUUGCACGGAUUCCGGUUCUAUGGAUGCAGCUUGCUGUUCGUAUACGAUGGCGACAAGCAGGUCCAGGACAAGUACCUCGAGGCGAAAAAGGCAGCCGCGAACCGAGGCGAUGACGAGGAUGACGAUGAUGACACUUCGUUCUUGGCCGAGCGUAAGCAUCUCCAAGAACGCAAGCAGGAGCAUCACAAGAAUGGCUCUACUCGCCGCAGCCGAAGCGCCGAUGACAGGCGUGUCGGAUCCCGCGCCGAGGCCAUCGAAGCGCAUCGCAAACGGGGUCAGAUCCGGAUUCGAGUCGUCGACUUUGCACACCCCACGACGGGCAAGGACUUUGCGCCCAUGACCCCGGACGAGGACGUCUCGCAUCUCGGCAAGGGAUACGAUGCGCCCCUCGACCCUGUGAGCGGCAAGCCUCGUGCCAGGUUCCCACCGAAACACCCUCGCGAUCCGGACAUGGGUUUCCUCUUUGGCCUCAGGAGCAUCUGCGAGGCCUUGAAGGAUAUUUACGAGCACGAGUGUGAGAGAAGAAACGACGCACAAAAGCAAUCGCCCCCGGACGGGACCGCCACGUCGAACAAACCGACCGAACCUCUUCCGCCCCUUUUGGCGUGCCCUGACGAAAAGAUCUUUGAGAGGUUGUUCCCCAAGGAGUUUGAUACAGGCUAUCUUUCGAUCUAG